GUUUAAUUAACUGUUUUUCCACCUAAUUCCAUAUGUGGAAGAAACGAAUUCUCCUAACUUCACCUUUUCUGUAAGUCAGUCUGUAACAUGCAUCAAUAAAAUGGACAAGUGUCUUUAACACAAGAACUUCAGUGUUUAUCACAUAUGGAUGGAGCGAAGGUGGAUCGAUCAACGACAAGAACCAUGGUUUAUCAAAACUUGUUUCCAAAAAAGUUUCAAGUAUAAAGUAGCAUGCAAAGGAAAAAAGCUGAAGGCAAAAGAGUUUUCUGUUCUGUUUUAUCAAAAUGGACUUGAAAGAACAGCCACUAAAACUUUACUUCAUUCCAUACCUGGCAGCGGGUCACAUGAUCCCUCUAUGCGACAUAGCCCAAUUCUUCGCCUCACGUGGCCACCACGUGACCAUCAUCACCACCCCUUCCAACGCCCAAAUCCUUCACCAGUCCAAAAACUUGCGCGUCCACACCUUCGAGUUCCCUUCUCAAGAAGCAGGCCUCCCUGACGGCGUCGAAAACAUAUUCACCGUCACCGACCUCGAAAAAUUCUACAGAAUCUACGUCGCCGCCACCAUACUGCUCCGCGAACCCAUCGAGAGUUUCGUGGAGCGGGACCCACCGGACUGCAUAGUCGCCGAUUUCAUGUACUACUGGGUGGAUGACUUGGCAAACAGGCUCCGCAUCCCUAGGCUGGUCUUCAACGGAUUCUCCCUCUUCGCCAUUUGCGCCAUGGAGUCCGUCAAAACGCACCGCAUCGAUGGUCCCUUCGUCAUUCCAGAUUUCCCUCACCACAUCACCAUCAACUCAGCCCCACCCAAGGACGCGCGUGAUUUCUUGGAACCCCUUCUCACGGUGGCGCUCAAGAGCAACGGUUUCAUCAUCAACAACUUCGCCGAGCUUGACGGUGAAGAGUACCUCCGCCACUACGAGAAAACCACGGGCCACAGGGCCUGGCACCUUGGCCCAGCGUCCCUCGUUCGCAGAACCGCUCUGGAGAAAGCAGAGAGGGGCCAGAAGAGCGUGGUGAGUGCGAACGAGUGCCUGAGUUGGCUCGACUCCAAGCGAGACAACUCGGUGGUGUACAUAAGUUUUGGGACCCUCUGCUAUUUUCCGGAUAAACAGCUUUACGAGAUUGCAUGCGGGAUGGAAGCAUCGGGUUAUGAAUUCAUAUGGGUGGUUCCGGAGAAGAAAGGGAAGGAAGACGAGAGCGAGGAAGAGAAGGAGAAGUGGCUGCCAGAGGGUUUUGAAGAGAGGAAGAAGGGGAUGAUUAUCAAGGGGUGGGCCCCACAGGUGCUGAUUCUGGAGCACCCUGCUGUCGGUGCGUUUUUGACGCAUUGUGGGUGGAACUCCACGGUGGAGGCGGUGAGUGCUGGGGUUCCCAUGAUUACGUGGCCGGUGCACAGCGAUCAGUUCUACAACGAGAAGUUAAUAACACAGGUGCGGGGUAUUGGGGUGGAGGUGGGUGUAGAGGAGUGGACCCUCAGUGCUUAUUUCCAGAGUCAGAAGCUGGUGGGAAGAGAUCGCAUAGAGAAGGCUGUGAGGAGGCUCAUGGACGGUGCUGCUGAGGCUCAGCAAAUCAGACGCCAAGCACUAAACUUUCAGAAAACGGCUGCAAAUGCUGUUCAAGAGGGUGGCUCAUCAUACAAUAACUUAACCUCCCUCAUUCAUUAUCUUAAACAAUUCAGAGACCGUAAAUCUUAAAAUUACAAGGCUUUUCUAUAUUAAUAGUUAUUGGAAAUAAACUGGAUUUUUAAAUCCAUUAUUCUCAUAAAUAAUGAAUAAAUAUUGUAUAUAUUUCUUCAUAAAUUUUUCUCUUGACAAUUUUUUCUGU